AUGGAAAAGAAAAAAAGAACAAUAGAAAACCGGAUGGAAACCUCAAGGAUGCCAGUCAUCAUGCACAAAAAGACGAUCACCGCUGUGGAGACCAGCUCAUUCGAGGACGCCAACUUCGGCAACGUCAUGUGGCAGACGCUGCUCUCCAGCCCCACCACCAGCACUGACUCGAUGUGCGUCGGGAUCGCGACGUGCCCCUCCAACGGCAGCCUGGAGCUCCACGAGCACACACAGGCUGAGAUGUAUUACGUGCUCGACGGCGCCGGCGAGGUCGAGAUCAACGGCGAGCGGCACCGCGUCGCCGAAGGCAGUAUGCUAUGGAUUCCCGGCGACGUUGUGCACGGCGUUUUCUGCGGGCCCGACGAGACCCUACGGUGGCUCUAUGUCUUUCCCGAAGGCCGCUUCUCUGACAUUAUCUACCGGUUCCAGCCCAAGCCGAAUAAAUGA